GAGUUCGUGGGCCGAGGUCCGUCCUUCGCGCCCCCUCCGCGCUCCGGCCGUCGCACCCCCGCGCCUUGGUACGCGCCGUGGGUCGGGCUGGGCCGGUCCCGGGGCGGGUCCCGGGGCGGAUCCUGGGGCCCGCACCAGCCCGCGGUCCCGGACGGACGGCAGCCCGGCCCAGCAUGAGGAGGCACUGCUGGCGGCGGCGCCUGCUGGCGGCCGCGUGUCUGGGCGCCGCGCUCCUGCUCCUGUGCUGCGCGCGCCGCGCCCUGCGCUCCGCAUUAGAAAAUAGGGCCCUGGGAUCUGGCUGGCUCGGUGGGAAAAGGAGGAGUCCCCUGCAGAUGCUCUAUGACCUGGACAAGGGUCCUGGAUCCCCGCUGGCCGAGCUGCACCGGCAGCGACGCGACUUGUUGCGCAGGGCCUGUGAGCGCCACACGCGGCGCCAGCGCCUGCUGCAGCCAGAGGACCUGCGGCACGUGCUGGUGGACGACGCGCACGGCCUGCUCUACUGCUACGUGCCCAAGGUGGCAUGCACCAACUGGAAGCGCGUGUUGCUGGCGCUGAGGGGUUACGCCCACGGCGACCCCAGCGCUAUCCCCGCGCACGAGGCGCACGCGCCUGGCCGGCUGCCCUCGCUGGCAGACUUCAGCCCCGCCGAGGUGAACCGUCGCCUGCGCGCCUACCUGGCCUUCCUCUUUGUGCGUGAGCCCUUCGAGCGGCUGGCGUCGGCCUACCGCAACAAGUUCACGCGGCCCUACCACGCGGCGUUCCAGAGGCGCUUUGGCACGCGCAUCGUGCGCCGCCUGCGGCCCAGCGCGCACCCUGAUGCGCUGGCCCGCGGCCACGACGUGCGCUUCGCCGAGUUCCUAGCCUACCUGCUGGAUCCACGCACGCAGCGCGAGGAGCCCUUCAACGAGCACUGGGAGCGUGCCCACGCGCUCUGCCACCCGUGCCGCCUGCGCUAUGAUGUGGUGGGCAAGUUCGAGACGCUGGCGGAGGACUCAGCUUUCGUGCUGGGAUUGGCGGGCGCGCCGGACCUGCGCUUCCCCCCGCCGCCCCCAAGGGCCCAGAUGGCCGCCACACGCGAACAUGCUGCUCGCCUCUUCCGGGACAUCAGCCCAUUCUACCAGCAGCGCCUCUUCGACCUUUACAAGAUGGACUUCCUGCUUUUCAACUACUCUGCCCCCUCCUACCUUCGGCUGCACUAGCUGGCCAGCACCCUAGGGUACAACCGGCUUGGAGGCUGGCCCAGGCUGGGCUGGGCAGAACAUGCGAGUUUCUGACCAACCUCUGGUGAUGCCGAUGCUUCUGGUCAGGGGACCUCACUUUGGGAACUACAGCGCUGGCCCCACCUGGGCCUACCUCACACCUGGUUGGGUUUAGGUGCACUACCCCCCUCAGGUGGCUUGAUACCUGUGUGCCUGUUGCUUGGUGCCUGCUUGGUCUACCUAUUACAGCUGGCGUGCACCUCCCCAGGGCCCCUGGGUGGACCAAGAUUCCAUAAUCAGGUAUUUAGGUUGUGAGGGAGGCCUUAUUUUGGUCAACUCUGAUCUGUCCUUGGUGUAUCAGAGCUCAGUGCUGAGGCCUGGCUGAGUGUGGCCUGUGACCCUUCAAAGUGCCUGAGUCCAUCUCCCCACCCUGGCAGGGACAGCAUGGGCCAAGGAGAGAAGUUCUCUCUUGGCUGGACUCAGGGCACGGCUGUUCCCUUGGGCUGGGCCGGCUCAGGAUCCAGCAGCCCUUCACAGACCAGCCUGCCUAUCUCCGUUGUCUACCCUGGGUGUCCAUCUGGCCUGGGUGCUAGAUUGUUAGUGUGUGCUAGUGGAGCCCAGAGUGCAAUAUGGUGGCUCCCUGGGUGAGCUGGGGAAGUCAUGUUUAUUAAAUAAAUGCAUUAUUCUUGACUUUGUGGGUUUCUCUGCUUCAUUGUGCCAACUGCUCUGGGCAUGGGGCUGUGCCAUCUUGGACAACUCACUGAAUCUCUGAGCCUCAUUUUCCCCUGCUGUCAGGUGGCCCAGGGUGGUUAUGAAGAUCUGAGAAGAGAAUGGCUCACCUUCACAGCAGCCCAAAGAUGUGAGGGCCUGUACAGGGAGUGUAAGGGGAGGGCAGCCUUGUAGGGUAGUAAAUUCUGGCUCCAGGGGCAACAGUGACAACUUGGAGAAAAUUUAACCUAUGGCUCUGGCAGGGGCCAGAGAAGCUCAACCAGGCCUGUGCCUUUUGCUGCCUCCCUGCUUAGGUGUGUGUGUCUGUGUGUGUGUGAGAGAGAGAGAGAAAAAUGCCAGAACUUUGGA